AAUAUGGAAGAUUACUUGCCAAUUUCUUGCUUAAGGCCAGAUUCGAAUUUCAAGUUUUUCGUUAUCGGCGUCAUAAUAGCUGCUGAACGACCGAAAGCAACUCCAUCAAAAUAUGCCACCACUGCUGCCACCAAAAGAUACGUUUUCUCUUUUACAAUAUGUGACGAACACGGAGAAUCGAUCAAUGUUAGCUGUUGGGGCACUGUCGAUUACGUCAUGCCGUUAUCCGACUUGUGUUUCAUCGGGGCUCGUGUAAAAAUAUCCAACCCACGCGUAACCGUUACUGAGGAGAAAAACUUGGGAUAUUUGCCCGAGGUUACCAGUGCCUACCAACUACAUUUGGAUGCGCAAAAUUCUUCAUGCUUAACCACCUGCGACCUCAGCCAUGAUUGUUCCAUCGCUGACGCCCUUGAAUUUGCCUUUCACACUCCGCCACCACAGAAGUAUUCAUCCAAGAAGGUCCGUAUACGCGAUUUGAUGUUAGAUCCAGGUUACUGUGAGGGAGAUUUCGUUAAUCUGGUGGCUGUGGUACUUGAGGUAGGUCCCAUUUUGGAUUUCAAGAUCAAAGAUCGAAAAGUUUGUCGACAAGAAGUCAAAUUCGUGGACCAGUCGGACAAGGAAUUUUACGUUAACUUGGUUCUGUGGGAUUCAGUUUCUCAAGUAUUCACCCUGGAAUGGAAAGCUGGUGCUACUGUCGUCCAAUUGACUAACGUGAAGUUACAAGUGGAUAAGAACACAAACAGAAGAUUUUUAUGUACCACAUCCCGUAGUAUUCUCACCAUAGAUCCGAAUACGGACGAAGGUCAUCAAUUGGCCAACUAUGCUAUGGAACUGGAUUUGCGGACACUGCUAAUUCUUUUUCAACAAGAAAGACUGCCUGAACAAUUUUUCCGCAACAAAGCCAUCAAACAAGCAAAUGUUGCUGCUCUUGGUAAUUUCAUUAGCCGAAUAAGCCCAGGUGGCCGUGAACAAGCUGUUCUUCAUAACGUUAUGAUUAUGACCUUUAAUUUGGAACGUGGAAUCAGUGCAAAGUGCGGCCUUUGUGGAAGACGCAGUGGAUAUAUCGACAUGGAUUCUCCGUUGACCCCGAUGUGUUUCAACGAAACAUGUCGAAAUAAAGAACCCCAGCAUCAGCUAUACUUUGAUUUCAGUAUUUGCAUCGGUGAUGCAACCGGAGCAAUGAAACGACUACGAAUAACUGGCGAUUUUGCUGUGAAAAUACUAGGACAGCCGGAGAUGCUUUUAUCAAUGUCAGCUGAUGAGAGGGCAGAAUUGGUAAAUCGUUUUUGGUUCGAGUACUUUGAGAUUGGAAUUCUGAUAGAGCACCGUCACAAUGGAACCAAAGAACUGAACGUCAUUCACUUGGAACCCAUUACCUUUCUGAUGCCUUGACACCAUUGCCAAAUGUUUCAUGGUUUUUUUUUUCCAUUCUCAGAGUU